CCCUAAAAAAUAAAUUGAUUUUUAAUAAGAAAUAAAGCACUAAUAAAGCAUAAUAAUACUGAUAAUAAUAAUAAACAUAAGGUUCAAAAUAAUCCCUGAUAAAUUUUGAUAUGUAAAAUAUGUGAAAUUUGAUAUCAAGAGGACAAAGACAAUAGAUGGAUUUAGCUUCUCUUAUCUAUUACCCAUUUUAGUCCUCUUGGGAAAGGCAAACUUAAUUGCCCUGAAACACUAUGACGUCACAUCAAAAAAAWMUAUUGUUUUAUCGCUAAGGAUCAUGGUCACCAGAGGGGGCAAAGUAGCAGCAAAACGAAAUAAAUCACAAUAAAAAUGGUUAAUUAGAUGGGGAAAGGUGAUAACAGAUAAAUGCUGUACUAAAUAUCCCAAAUGAAAGAAAAUUUUGCCUAAAGCCUUAUCACCCUUGCCCAUGUAAACAAGCUGUGAGGUCAUAAUGUUAUAGGUGAAUUGGUCUAUUAUAUCAAUUAUGCUGUUUGUAUGUUAUGAAUUAAAAAUAAUAGUGAAGCAUGAAUGAAAGUAAACCACCAUCUCCUUUACCCUGGGACAAAAUGGGAAUUAGGUUGGGUAACGUAGGGGACUUCAAUGUUGGUAAGAUAAUGGAAAAUUUAAGUAAUGAAAAAAAAAAAAAUAGAAAAAAAAUUAAAUUAAUAUUCCCUUUCUUAUUUUUCAGAAUUGUCUGUACCAUCUUAUGCACUGCAGCAGUCCACUAGUACCAGCAGCAGAAUGUUGUAAUUUAAGUUUAUUUUCUCUUUACAGACAACAACACUCCGGAUGAAGUUCAUGUUGAAAGGAUGAUUGAUGAUGAGUCAUYAGCAAGURAAAKRUCUUCWMCARCUGCUAGUCCAUCAUCAUCCUUUAKUGAUGACAGUAGUGAUCCAACUCCAAUCCCUAUUCCUGAAUUAGAUGUGGAACCAUCCAUUCUGGAUGCAGAUCCGAAAGAAAGCUCACUUGGGCCGGAGAUUGUUACUUUCGAGAUUGUCGAAGAAGCUUCUAAACAGCAAAGGGCAAAACUGGUUGACAGCAGGGGGUACAGUUACAAUGUUAAAGAGAAGACUAAAAAAACUACAUACUGGCAGUGCACAGUAAGAAAUAAAAAUAUGUACUGUAAAUCUACACUGAAACAGGUUGGCAGCACAUUCACACCUGGCAAACAAGAACAUAAUCAUCCAGCAGAAGUGGGUGCAGCCACUGUUGCUAAGAUAGUUGCGGAUGUCAAGAGAAAAGCUACAACCAAUAUCUUCAAGCCAGCCAGUGCAAUUGUAGAAGAGGUACUUUCUGAAAGACUGAAUGAUGGCCCUUGUCMAGCACUUCCAAAGCCUGCCCACGUCACAUAGCAGGUGCUGUCAACCGUUGCCGUCAAAGAAUGAUACAAGAAUACCUCAAAUACCUUCUUUUGUGAAUUUCAAAGUCAAUCCAGUGCAUUUGAGUGUUCCUGAAGCUUUUUUGAUAGCUUAUUAUGAUAGUUGAACAACUUAUUCAUUUCUGGAGAAGACAAGACAACUGUGAGAUCUCGUGGAAGUCGGAGUUGCGUUUCGACCAUUGAGGAGAAACGGCGACUGUGAUCAUAAAAUAUGGCUCGAUUUACUGGAAUUUGAGCUUCAUCGAUUCGAUGGAGUGUAAAAAUUUCUUUUGGAAAACAACCAACUUGGUCUUAUAUCUGAUGUGAUCGGCGAAAAAGAAGUGGAGCGGCUUCUAUAGCUGCGAGAAUACCCAUUUUAUCUGCCGUUUGUUCUGCUGUACAGACGAAAAUCGACCUUUGGCCGAAGAACAUUCAAAAUAACCGCAGACCGCCAUCGACGCUGGCUCAACAAUUGAUGUUUUUGGGUUCCCUGUGUCUUUUAAAAUCCGCUGACCAAAUGAAGAUAUUUUGCUAAAGGUCACAACACAGGCAACCCAAGCUCACUAUAUUUAUAAGAGAAUGUAUGGRGAUUUAGAAUAUGCCGUAUUUUUGUCGGAAAAACGCGAAUAAAAGUGUGUCGAUUUACCUGUUGCGUCAAUUCGUUUAUUUGGAACUCCUGUAUGUAGUUUCAGCUAGUUUAGAAAUAAUGACAAAGUAGGAAGCUGCCGACCCGAAUUCGAUGUCACUGGUGUCCACUUCAAACCAUUUUUCUAAGUAAAUACGAAUCCGAUGAGGAAUUGGCUUCACAUGAGCACGAAGGAAUAGUUUACCAAUAAAUCUGUGUGAUUCAAUUG